GGUUCAUACGCAAGACACCGACGCAAACUCAUGCGAAUAGUCGCUUUAAAGCGGCGAGAAGUUAGCCUCCAAAAUUCGGAAAUCAUCUCGGGAGUGCCGACCGAGUUUGGUAUUGCACUCUGACUGUGCACUUUAUUUAUUGUGUUUUUCCCUUCAAUAACCGUACGGCGUUCGUCGCUUUUCUGAGGCCAGCAGUUUUUUGUGAUAAAUCCGAAUUCGAGCUGUAAUAGGCGAAAAUGCCGCAGUACACAAUUAAAGUGAAAUGGGGAAAGGAGCUCUUUCCAAAUGUGGAGGUCAACACAGACGAAGAGCCUAUGCUGUUCAAAGCGCAGCUCUUCGCACUGACUGGAGUGCAGCCUGAGAGGCAGAAAGUCAUGUUAAAGGGUAUGAGUCUGAAGGACGAUGAUUGGGGUAACAUCAAACUGAAAGAUGGUAUUACAGUUUUAAUGAUGGGAUCCAAAGAGGAAGACGUACCUACUGAACCUGCAGAAAAGCCAAUAUUUUUGGAAGACAUGAAUGAAUAUGAAUUGUCUUCUGCACUAGACUUACCAGCUGGUUUGACAAACCUUGGCAACACCUGUUAUUUAAAUGCCACAGUUCAGUGCCUAAAAACAGUUCCUGAACUGCGGGAAGCUCUGAAAAGUUUUUCAGGAGGUCUGAGUACCCCUGGUGGUGGUCACCAAUUUGUAGCUUCACAAAGUAUUACAGCUGCAUUGAGGGAUCUGUACGAAGGAAUGGAUAAAGGAACAUCUCUGCCACCAGUUGUUUUAGUUCAAAUGAUGCACUUAGCUUUCCCAAGAUUUGCAGAGAAAUCGAAAAUGGGAGGAUUUCAACAGCAGGAUGCUAGUGAGUGUUGGACUGAACUUAUAAGGAUGUUGCAGCAAAAAUUGCCUGCAAAGGAAAAUCCUGCUAUUACUGAUAGCACUGCCAGUUACAAGCCAAGAUCUUUAAUUGAACAGUACUUUGGUGGAGUUUUUGAUACAGAAUUGAAAUGUGUAGAAUCAGAAGAUGAACCCCCAACCAAGGGAAAAGAAGAUUUUCUACAGUUGAGUUGUUUUAUCUCGCAAGAUCUCAAAUUUAUGUUUGCAGGACUCAAAAACAAGUUAGUGGAGCAAAUUACAAAACAGUCCCCAACGCUUGGUCGAGACGCUGUUUACACGAAAACGUCAAAAAUAAGCAGAUUGCCAGCAUAUUUGACAAUCCAGUUUGUCAGGUUCUUUUUUAAAGAAAAAGAAGCUAUUAAUGCUAAAAUCUUGAAGGACGUCAAAUUUACGUUAGAUUUUGAUGCGUUUGAUCUAUGCACAAGAGAAUUACAGAUCAAACUGUCGCCUAUGCGAGAAAAAUUCCAAAAACUUGAAGAGGCUCAGUUAGAAGAACAGCGUAAUGCAAGAGACAAGAAGAACAAAAAAAAGGCAGAGAAGAAGGAGACAAAACAGGAACCAUUUUGGUUUGAGGAUGACCUGGGUUCAAACAACAGCGGCUACUACACUCUUCAGGCAGUACUGACGCAUCAGGGCCGAACAAGCAGCAGUGGUCACUACGUUGCCUGGGUGCGACAAAAGGGCGACACUUGGCUCAAGUGCGACGACGAGAACAUCAGCAUCGUCACGAGCGAGGAUGUGUUGAAACUCAGUGGUGGUGGCGACUGGCACUGUGCUUACGUACUUCUGUAUGGACCGAGGAUUUUUGAAACACCGCUGGACCAGAGCACUGAGACGCCCAUGAGUACAGAGGAGGCGACGACCGAGGUGGCGAAUCUUGAGCAAAACUAGUUUACGAGGGUCCGGUUGCUCAGGCGCCGAAGUUCUCACUGAUUCUUAAGAGACUCGACGGGACCGAAUGUGCUUAGUAUUCUUUGCGAUUUCGGUUCGGAGAUUUCUUUUUGCAGCUUUUUUGCGUUUGUAACAUAUUAAGUUGUACUUUAAAAAAAGUCUGAUAACAGAGCAAUUUUUUAUAUUUAAGCCUUUCAAUUUAGUAAUAAAUCCACCGUACAUGAAUAAUAUAUCAUCAAUUGAAGAUUUACAUUACUUUUAUAACCAGACUAAUCGAAUAUCCUAUGCGGAGUUGAUGUGUCGUAAAAGCAAGUAGCGAAAUGUCAAGCUGUAUAAAUUAAGGGGCAAUUUUAUUUUUCAAUGAUUUUGAAACCGCAAAGAAUAAACUAUCGACUUGGUCGGCAAGUAAGAAUCAGCUAAUCGCACGAUUCAUGGAUGUAAUACCAUGAAAUAAAAAAAAUAUUGAUUAAAAUUAAUGUAAAAAAAUCGUGAAAGUAAAAAAUAUAAACACGAUUUCAAGUUGCAGUAACGUUUUCCACGGAGUUACUUUCGUGAAUGUAACAGUGUAUGAUAAAAUUUAUACCUGUAUUUUCUAUCGAGUCACUCGAAACCUUAAUAUUUGUAGCUGCAAAGUUUAAUGUCUAAAUUUAUUUUAUCGAAAAGCUUUUGCUUCUCAAAAUUUGUUCGAGUGCCUUGAUUUUAUACUCUCGCGAAAAUCGGAUCUCUGUCAACUCUUUUUUUAUAAUUUGAAGUUUCUAGACGAAACUCGCCAAUGAAUUUUGUGAUUUUUAAGAUAUUGUUAAAUGAGAUGUGGAGAAUAAAUGUAUGCUCUUUCUAUCUUCUUUUAUUAUAUUAAAAAAAUAUAUAUUAUGAA